AUGGCGACUGAACUGAACCUGAAGAUAUUUGAGCGAAGCUUUGCCUACUUCUCUCGAGAUCUGGAGAACGUCCAACGUGAUUGGGAGAAGGUCACAACGUACGGCAAGAGCCUAGGUGUAUUGGAUAUAAGCUUGCAGCUUAAUUACACCAAUCAAUUUCUGGAAUGGACUCUUGAUGCUGAGUCCAACGAUUUAUUAGACGAUCAGAGGACGACGGCUCUAUUACAGAAUGAUGCGGCUCUUAGUGGUGGUUUCCAUUGCCUCAGAGGUCUUGAGACAAAGGUCGAGACAUGA